AUGCAGAAAGCAACAUAUUACGAUAACUCUGGACUUUUUGGAAGCUACACCUAUCCCAAACCAGACUCUUACAACUAUGGCCCAGCACACCAGUCGUACCCUUCGUCCAACAUCGAGAGUGACUACCAGGGCCCAGUGUGUCCCAUCCAGACCCCUCCUGUCCGGCCUCCAACUCUCAAAGACAGUGACCUGAACGGAGACUGCAUGAGGCAAAGCAGCAGUCAAAGUAACAGCAGCAGCAGCCAGGCCCCGAGUAUUGGGGAGCCGCCGGCACCACCACUGUCCGCGUCCUCCCCAGGCUCCAACAGCCCCACACCCCAGAAGAAGAAAUCCUCCUCAGGUGGCGGCUCCAGCUCUGCCACACCAGUCCUCACCAAGCAGAUCUUCCCCUGGAUGAAGGAGAGCCGGCAGAAUGCAAAGAAGGGCUCGAGCGGCUCCACUGCAGGUAGAGGUCAUGAUGGAGGAGACGGUGGCGAGCUGAGUGAUGAGAAGAGCCCCGCUGGACCUGCUUCCAAACGGGUCAGAACCGCGUACACCAGCGCGCAGCUGGUGGAGCUGGAGAAGGAGUUUCACUUUAACCGCUACCUGUGUCGCCCCCGGAGAGUGGAGAUGGCGAAUCUGUUGAACCUCACGGAGCGCCAAAUAAAGAUCUGGUUUCAGAACCGGAGGAUGAAAUACAAAAAGGACCAGAAGUCCAAAGGGCUGGCGCACUCUCCCCUGGGCCACUCCCCGGACAGGAGCCCGCCGCUCAGCGGCCCCAAUCACAUCGGAUACUCUGGGCAGCUCCAGAACGUGAACAGCCUGAGCUAUGACGCGCCCUCGCCCCCGUCCUUCGCCAAGCCCCAGCAGAACAUGUACGGCUUGGCGGCCUACACGGCGCCCUUGGGCGGCUGCAUCCCGCAGCAGAAGAGGUACCCGGGCUCCGAGUACGAACACCACGGCAUGCAGAGCAACGGCUUUGCCAACGCCAAUUUGCAAGGGAGCCCCGUGUACGUGGGUGGGAACUUUGUUGAUUCCAUGCCAGCCUCGGGCCCCAUGUUCAACCUCGGCCAUCUCCCCCACCCGUCAUCCACCAGUGUGGACUACAGCUGUGCCGCUCAGAUCCCGGGGAACCACCACCACGGACCCUGUGAUCCCCAUCCCACGUACACAGACCUCACCUCUCACCAAGCGUCUCAGGGAAGGAUGCAGGAAGCGCCUAAACUCACACAUUUGUAA